AUGCGGGCGUCAACUUUAACACCAUACGACAUACUUGGAGCAAAAAGAAACCAUAAUGAUUAUAAUCUACGUUUAGCAUUUCGUGCAAAAAUUCAUGAAUAUACACAGGAUCGACUUAAAACCACUGGAGAUCGUCAAAUUACAGCUGAACAAUUUCAACUUAUUUGUCGCGCUUAUGAAACAUUAUCGGAUCAUGACAAACGUAAAAAAUAUAAUGAUACCGAAGAAUGGAUAUCACAUGUACCUCUAGAAAAAUAUACAUUACAACAGCUAGCUUCUGAGCCUGAGCUCAUAGAAACAUUGAAAAGUCGUUUAGAAGAUGCUACAUUAAAAACAAUAAAUUCACAAGAUUCACUAACAGGACAUACACCACUCUAUUGUGCAGCACGUGCUUGCAAUCUAGAAGCUGUCUAUUACUUAACAGAACAAGGGGCUGAACCUGAUCUACCACAGAGAACAGGAAGUACAGCUCUACAUGUUAGUGCUUGGUAUGGACAUCCAGAAAUUGUUCGCUGUUUAUUGGAAAGUGGAGCAGAUUAUCGAAAAGAGAAUGCCGGCAAACAGACAGCCGAAGCUGAAUCUUGUAAUAAUGAUGUAAAACAGACUUUUGCCACUUUGAAAGCGACACCUUUCGUACAAGCGGCCGCAAAUCAACUGGAUUGGUUAAAAGCAAAUUUUGAUAGUACAAAAUAUCAUGCCCAUGGAUGCAUUUUUUUAACAACGGCUACCGGUACAAGAAGAGCGAUUAAAAAAAGUGGAGCAAAUAUUUUAUCAUAUGAAUUAAUUACUAAUUCACCAACACGAAUAAGAAAUAAAAAACAAAACAAUAUGUCAUUUAUGCAAGAAAUGGAAACAACUUCGAUGGAAGGUCGACAAAUUUAUUUAAGCCAAAAAGAAGUAAUGAAGAAAAUAGCUGAAUUUUCAGGAGAAGCUGAUGAGAUUGAUAUUGAUGAAUGGAUUUUUGAUUUAAAUAAUUUAUUUUCAUUAAUGAAAUUAAAAGAUGAAAUAAAAGUUCUCGAAACAAUGGGCAAAUUAACAGGACCAGCAUUACGAUGGUAUCAAGAAAAUUUAAGAUCAUUCAUUACCUGGAAUGAUGCUGAAAAAGCACUACGUGAUCGAUUCAAAGAAUUUACAUCUAACAGUCAAUUAAUGCAAGAAUUUUUUAACAUUCAUCAAGAAGAGAACCAAUCUGUUAUAUCAUUUUAUGAAAAUGUAAUUCGGAAAUAUAGAAAAUCCCGACAAUUUAUUACUGAACAACAAGUUAUCACAGUAUUACAAAAUGGUGUUAAAAAUUCAUUAAAAGAAUAUUUAAUUCGUAAUGAAAAAGAAAUUAAAAAACCAGAAGAAUGGUUGCAAUUAGCAAAAGAAGAAGAAUAUAUACAAAAACGAAUUCAACAACAACGUAAUGGUUCAUAUUCUGGAACAACAAAUAAAACAUUUUUUGAACAUAUAUUACCAACUGCAACAGUUCAACCAACACCAUCGAACUUUCAAUUGUCGAGUCAACAGCCCUCUACAUCACGUCAUUACUACAAACAACAACAUCAACAGCUACCAUCAUUAACAAACAAUCGAACAUACUCAAAACCAAAUAAGUUUAUAAAUCGCCAACAACAUCGAGAAAAUUAUUCAGAAAAUAAAAUUCAAAAAUCCAAUCCAUGUUUAAUUUGCAAUAAAAACAAUCAUGCAACAAUAAAAUGUUUUUAUAAGAAGAACAACGGCUGUUUUAAAUGUGGACAAUCAAAUCAUCAAAUACGUGAUUGUCCUCAACAACAUUUUUUCGAAUAA